AGCCAAUUUUAGAUGUCUAUCGCCAUUCUAUAUGGCAGUGAGACGGGCACCGCACAGGAUAUCGCCGAAUCUCUGCGACGGGAAGCUCAACAGCGACAUUUACAGGCGAGAGUUCACGAGUUGGACGAAUAUGAUGUUUCGCAACUCCCAAUGGAAAAAGUGGUUCUAUUCGUCGUUUCAACCACCGGACAAGGAGAAAUGCCACCGAAUAUGCGAAAAACGUGGAAAUUAUUGCUCAGAAAGUCCCUGGGAGCCGAUUUUUUGAAAAAUGUAAAUAUCGGAGUACUCGGUCUCGGAGAUUCGUCAUAUCAAAAGUAUAAUUUCGCCGGCAAAAAGCUUUACCGUCGUCUGGUACAACUCGGUGCAAAAAUGAUGUGCGGAGUUCAUUUAGCUGAUGAUCAGCACGAAAUCGGAAUUGAUGGAGCAUUUAUUCCGUGGAAAACGGAAUGUUGGAAGAAAAUUAAGGAGAUUGCGGAGAAUUUGAGCAUUUAUCGAGAAAUGACUGCGGAAAUCGACACGAGCGUGCAGAUUACAACUAAAUAUCGAUUUUUGGAGUUGGGGGGCGAAUCUGGAAAUGAUGAUGAUGAUAGUGAUGAGGAUUUAGAACCCCAAAUCGAGAUUCCGGACUACUUUCCGCUAAAAGUGCUCAAAAAUCGACGCCUAACCUCUGCAGAGCACUUCCAAGACACCCGGCUCGUGGAUUUCGAAAUUUCUGACAGAAAUCGCAGUAAAAUGGGAUUUCAGCCCGGUGACGUUCUAAUGGUUCGACCCUAUAAUCCUGAAGAAACUGUAAAAAUCGCUAUCGAAGCACUCGGCCUAACAGAAGAACAACUCAAAAAACCGCUGAAAAUUGUGAAAAAUGACAGAUUUUCCAAAAAUCCACCCAAUUUUUUGGUUGGAAAUUUUUCAGCAAAAACGACACUUCUCACAUGUCUCCAGCGAUAUUUCGACCUCCAACAAGUCCCGAAACGUUCAUUUUUCGAAAUGCUCGGCUAUUAUUCAACGAAUCCGCCGGAAAAGGAACGUCUACAAGAAUUGGCAUCUCCAGAGGGUCUUGAUGAUUAUUUAGACUACGCUAAUCGCUCAAGACGGACAACUGCAGAAGCUCUACGCGAUUUUGUCGCUACGUCGAAAAAUUUGAAGCCUGAUUAUCUCUUCGAAAUUCUCACGACAAUUCGCCCGCGAGCAUUCAGUAUUGCCUCGGCGCCCAGUCCAUUCCACUUGGAAUUACUUGUGGCAAAAGUCGAAUAUAAAUCAAGAAUGGCCGAUAAACGACGUGGAUUAUGCAGUACAUUCAUUUCAAGGCUGAAACCUGGUGAUGAGGUAUUCUGUAAAAUCCGUCCCGGAACCUUCAAAUUUCCGUCUCCAGAAGCUCCAGUCAUCUGUAUUGGACCGGGAACCGGUGUGGCACCAUUCAGAAGUCUAUUCGGACAUAGAAGCUUAUUCUCCGCUCACUUUCCGGGAAUCUUGUUCUUCGGAUGUCGAAGUGAACACCACGACUACUAUUUCAGUGAUGAAUGGCCAGAGCUUAGCGGAGUUGCAGUGAUUCCGGCUUUUAGUCGGGAUACAGAUGGUCGAAAAGUCUAUGUACAGCAUAAAAUGGGCGAAAAUGCCGGGAAAAUCAAGAGAAUGCUGGAUUUAGGAGCCCAAGUAUUCAUCGCCGGCAGCUCGGGUGACAUGCCAAAAGCGGUUUCAGCAGUUCUUGCACAAAUUCAAGGAGACGAAUGGACUCGGCGAGCCGAGGAAACUGGAAAAAUUCAAUAUGAGACGUGGAGCUGAAUAUCUGGAAGAUAUCUAUAUAUAUCAAAAAUUUAUAUUAUUUCAAUUAUUCUAUUGUUACUUGUGAUAAAAGUUAUUCUCUCUGUAUAAAAAAUGUUUUCCCCAAA